CGUUGAUCUGUUUCGGGGUUCGAAGUCAUAGAUCUUAUCAUGAUCUUACUGUAACGCUGGGUGUGGCUGCACAUGAUUCUACAGCUUCUUUGACUCCCUGACCGAUCGCCGUUCGUCUGCCCUCGAGCAACCCUGCGGCCACCGCAAAUUACUCAUAUCCCGCGGGGAAGCUCAACCGCCGUCUCUACCACGAUUGAACUUCCUCACAAUCGCAAUGACCGACUCGGCUCCUCCUGAGUUAUCCCUUCUCAGGAACCUGAAGCAUCCUUCGACCGGACCCUCCCGGUCAUGGCAAUCUCUUGCCCAUCCUGAUCCCUCCACGCCCCUCCUCGCCUCGGGUUCUGCAGACAAAACGAUCAAUAUUUGGAAUCUACGGGACUUCUCUCUAAUCUCCACCAUAAGCGGCGGUCACAAACGCAGCGUUAGGGCUGUUGCCUGGAAGGACUACGGGAGGAAUGCCAGCAAGAAUAAAAAACCCGUCGUGCUGGGCACGGGGAGCUUUGACGCCAACGUCGGCAUAUGGAUAUGGAACGAUGAGAGACGAUGGUCCAGGUUGGGCGACAAUAACAGUGAUGGUAACGACAAUCAGCCGUCUUCAAGGGGUGUCCGAGACGCGACCAUGGCUGACGAAAUGGACCUGACGCGCAACGGCGACGACGAAGAGGAUGAAGAAUGGCAUUUUUCGACGCUCUUGACCGGACCAGAUUCCGAGAUCAAAUCCAUUGAAUUUGCCCCGCCUCACUAUGCGGCGAAUCUUUUGGCCACAUGCUCGCGGGAUAAAUCGGUGUGGAUAUGGGAAGAAGUCGAGCCAGAGGAGUGGGAGACGAUCGCCGUUCUCAGCGAACACACGGGCGAUGUCAAGUCCGUCAGCUGGUGCGCGGGUGCGUCGAGAGGCAAUGGCAGGAAGAACAAGAGACGGAAACUGGAGACCGCGGGUGACGGUGACGUUGAGAUGAGUGGACACACCAACGGGGCUUUUGCAACCGGUGGUGACGAGGACGACAUACUCGGAUCGAGAGAUAUCCUGGCGAGCGGCUCUUACGACGACACGAUCAGGUUGUGGCGCGAUGUCGAGGAGGAGGGAGAUUGGACCUGUGUGGGUGUGAUUGAAGGGCACCGAGGGACAGUGUGGGACGUCAAGUGGGAAGGAUUCAUCAACUACGACAGACUGAACCUGUCGGGCUUGGCGGAUCCAGAUCGAGAUACGGCGGUUGCGGAAUUCGAAGCGGAUUGGCAACCGAGAAUAGUCUCGUGUUCGGACGACUUGAGUGUACGGGUCUGGAGGCGCGAGUUGAGCGAGGCUGAGAAGGCGAAGAGGGCAGAAAGGAGAACCACAUCUUCGGCACCGACGGGGUUUGCGAGUUCGAGAUUACCCAGUGUCAUUCGGCCGAUGAGUAGUAUGGAGAGGUGGGUGGAGGAUUCUGUACUGCCAGAGGUCCAUGUUCGCAGCGUCUAUGCUGUGGACUGGUCGAGGCGGACAGGUCUGGUGGUGAGUUGUGGCGGAGACGGGGCGAUCGUGGUGUACAAAGAGGUUGUCGAUGCGGACGCCAACGGCGCCAAUGGUACUGGUGCUGGGGACGUGGCCAUGAAUGGUACAACCACCACCAACACCACCAAUUCGGAUGAGGCAGCGGCAGCGGAGGCACCUCAACCGUACGCGGUGCACAAGAUGAAGUGGGUUGUCGUUGCGGUCAUCGAGGCGGCUCAUGAUGAGUUUGAGAUCAAUCAUGUCUGUUGGGCCGAGAGAAGAGACAAGGAUAAACGAGCGGAAGGGGAAGAGGUCAUCAUCUCGACCGGUGAUGAGGGGGAUGUCAGGAUUUGGACAUUACCUGAUGUUCUCGUAGAAAGAGAUGUAUGAGCGCCUACUUACUAUUUACCAGAUCAUGAACUGGUCUUGGUUGGGCAUUUGAAUUUUUAUGAAAGGAGUGGUUGAGAUCAUAUCGCUGCAUCACGGGAGUUACUCGUUAUUUGGUCGCAUUAAGUAGCAGAGGCAUCUCUCUACCUUGGGGUAUCUAGUCAUUUCAAGAAGAACAAAAGAUCGUGAGUACAA